ACGUUAUGAAAAAGUUAAAAAUGUUGACUAUUUUCAUCGACAAGUCGAUGAUAUUCAUUUUUUUCGCUAGAUAAUUCUCGUGUUGGAGUAGAAACCGUAAUACUAGGAGUAAAGCCGCCCACAGGUUCUUCCACACGUAGUUCAGUCGAAUUCUGCACCGUUUCUGGUAGCAAAGAAUGCGUUGCAGGACGCUUAUGCACAAGACGUAGAGUUCGAUAGGAAACUUCUUCAUCAUAUGGCUGAGGAAAAAUUCAACCAACAAGUCUGAAAUGUGAUUGGUUGGAAUUGCAAACAUUACGAUUUGUUUGGGAACCUAGCAGGGAGCAGACUAGGGGCUGUGAGGAGGUGGUCUGGUCCGGUGAGACUUUUCUAUGGCGCAUAGGGAGUUUGUGGAGGCACACUUUGAAGGCGAGACCCACGUCGUGCAUCAAGGAGUUGGCGUAUUGGUCCUCUGUGAUGCAACAAAGGAUGAGGAAGCAGAGUUUGACGGUGUUCAAGCCGGCCUCACUCUUGGUGUCUUGCAUUACAAUAGAACUGAAAUGAACGAUAUUUUUACCAAUAAGUUUUUAAGUGAAAGUAUGUAUGAGAAAUGUUACUUUUUACUUUGUCGCAUUAAGAGAUCCGAAUUACAAUAAAGAGAUUUUUAAUAGGAUCAUUUGUGAUCCAGAAUCACCCAAUUGUGAAUAAUAUGGAUUUGUGUUUCCCGCAAGUCUUGUUAUUUGAAUUAAUUAAAGCUGAAUUAAUUACCCAAUUGAAGAUUUCUUGUAUAUUUGAUAUUAUUUGGAUGCAAAGUUACCGCAUUUUUUGAAUUGGUGACUUGGACUCGUCCUCAAUUCCGCCAUUGCAUGUUUGUCGUUCAAAUGCUUCAAAAGUUCGUGAAGAAGUUUAAAAUCUCAAAACAAAUUUCAACAAUCGGAUGAAACAGAUUCUUUUCAGUUCAGUCGUCAAUGCUUACUAUACUGGUUUUAUUCCUUGUUGUUUUGCUCAGAAUCACCUUCAUUACGAUGUUUAUUGGGCCACUCAACACGUAAUUUUUAUUUUUUUGAGUAGUUUCGUGGCUUACGCCACCCAUAUUUUGUCCUUACGUUACUGCGAUAUUUUGCAUCGAUCAGCACUACAUUUGGGCAUUUGGGACAAACUAGAGACCCGAAAUAUGUUACUGGUGAACAAUAACUGGAAUGAGGAGACUUUGUGGCCUUAUGGGGCCCUAGUCAAACACGGGAGGGACUUGUAUAGAGCACAAGGGGAGUGCAAUGCUAGCGAACCGGGAAAUACGACAUAUUCAAGGUUUUAUCUCAUGUUUAAAAAUCCCAGUUGUUCGUUGAGUAUUUUGUUAUCGGUUCAUGUGGCCAUGGUUUUGCUUCAGUUGGUAUUACUGGUGCGCAGUAUCGUCUGGUACAAUAUUAUUUCGAUCACUUUUAUCCUAUUUUUUAAUUAUUACGUUUUGUAUAAAGUAGGACGUGAUUAUAUUGUCAGUUCGAAAAUGUAUGAAGAAGAACGAGCGAUGCACAAUAAACUUAAUUUGCACUAAAA